UACGGUAUCAUAUCAACAUUUAUAGAAAAGUAUUCAUAGUAUUGAUUCAUACAAACACGGCAAUAAUGCACAUCAAAUUCAUUCAUUUCAAAACACAAUCAUUACAAUUAAAUAUUUUUUUUUAAAUUUGCAAAUUAAAAUUCUAAUAGAAGUAAAAUAUUUCAAAAUGAAUAUUAUUAUUUGAAAUAAUAGAAGUUUUACGCUCACAUGACGUGUCGCGUGCGGCUAACUCCACAUUAGCCGUCAAAGCCGUCAAAGUAAAAAGUUCCGUGUUACAAGGUCUGCGUGUACACGUGACCACCGGAGGGGCGUGGUCUUUGCGUGGCCUUCAAUAGCUCCUGACUGACGAUGACAAUCAUUUGCCUUUCGUUUCUCAAUAUCUGUCCAUGAAAUAUUAAUAAGCACACGCCGCGUGUACGUUUAGCAACCCCCCCACCACCCCGGGUCUCGUCCAUAGCCGACACCAGGAGUGUGAGCUUUACGUGAUGUCAGUGAAGUGAACACGGCAGUGCGGUGCGGCGCGGCGCUCGUUACUUUUCACGUUCGGAGUUCGGAAGACUUUUUCCAAGUUCUUUGAUCGAGUCCAAUGUUCCCGCAGAAGAAAAAGGUGCAGACUUUGAAUCCGCUGCAAAACGCGGGUUUUGUUUCUCAGCUUUUCUUGUGCUGGCUCCGCCCCCUGCUGCAACUGGGACGCAAGCGAAGGUUGGAGGAAAGCGACUUGUACACCCUUCUUCCCCAAGAUGGAGCACACUUGUUGGGACAAGACCUCCAAAGGUGUUGGGAUGUGGAGGUAAAAAAGGCCACCAAGGAGCUGCGGAAGCCCAAACUCAGCAAAGUCCUGAUCAGGUGCUACGGGAAGUCCUACGUAGCCGCCGGACUCUUUGCAUUCUCACUGGAAGCAAUUAAAGUCAUCCAGCCGCUCCUGCUGGGGAAAAUCCUGGUCUUCUUUGAGAAUUACGACCCGGAUGACCGCCGUGGCGUUCAGGUGGCGUACCUAUGCGCCGCUGGCAUGUGCCUAUCCACUUUUGCUCUCACGCUCCUCCAGCACGUCUACUACUACUUAGUGCAAAGAAUGGGCAUGAAGAUGAGAGUGGCCGUGUGUCACGUCAUCUACUGCAAGGCCCUUCGCCUCAGCAGCCAAGCCAUGGGACACACCACCACGGGACAAAUCGUUAACCUCCUCUCCAACGACAUCAACCGCUUUGAUGAGAUUACGCUCAAUCUCCACUACCUGUGGAUCGGGCCGCUCCAAGCAGCCGUGAUCAUCACGUUCCUUUGGUAUGAGAUCGGACCGUCCUGUCUUGGUGGCGUGGCCGUCCUGGCCUUGCUGAUUCCUGUGCAGACGUGGUUUGGGAAGCUCUUUGGGAUCUUCAGGAGUAAAACAGCGGUUCUGACUGACCGUCGAAUCCGCAUCAUGAAUGAAGUGGUGUCUGGCAUCAGGGUCAUCAAGAUGUACGCCUGGGAAAAACCUUUCUCUGCUCUCGUCACAGAGUCCAGGAGGAAGGAAAUCAGCCAGAUCAUGAAGAGCUCCUAUUUACGAGGACUCAACAUGGCGUCCUUCUUCGCCAGCAGUAAGAUUGUGGUCUUUGUGACCUUCGCUGUGUACGCGGCGCUGGGCAACAGCAUCAGCGCGAGCCGAGUGUUUGUCACCGUGUCCCUGUACGGAACCAUCAAGCUCACGAUCACGCUCUUCUUCCCGCUGGCCAUCGAAAAACUGUCAGAGACCAUUGUCAGCAUUCGCAGGAUCAAGAAUUUCCUCCUGCUGGAUGAAAUGAAGCGAGGGAAGUUGAGAGUGGAAGAGAUGAAGGCGGACUGCAUCGAGAUGAAGAGUGUGACCUGCUACUGGGACAAGGUCCUGGAUGCACCGUCUCUGCAGGACAUUACUCUCACUGUGAAGUCACAGCAGCUCCUAGCUAUCAUUGGUCCAGUGGGGGCCGGAAAGUCUACCCUACUGAGCGCCAUCCUGGGUGAGCUGCCCCAUGAGAGCGGAACAAUGACGGUCAGAGGUCAAGUCAACUAUGCAUCCCAGCAGCCCUGGGUAUUCCCGGGAACCAUCCGUAGUAACAUCCUCUUUGGUAGAGUGCUGAAUCAGCAGAAAUAUGAACAAGUCCUACGGGCCUGCGCUCUGAAGAAGGACCUGGAGCUAUUCCCGGAGGGAGACCAGACCCUCAUCGGGGACAAGGGAGGCACCCUCAGCGGGGGGCAGAGGGCUCGCAUCAACCUGGCUAGGGCGGUGUAUGAAGAAGCGGAUAUCUACCUCCUGGACGAUCCUCUGAGUGCCGUGGAUGCUGAGGUUGGGAAGUAUCUGUUUGAGGCGUGCAUCUGUGGGCUGCUGAAGAACAAGUGCCGCAUCCUGGUCACGCACCAACUUCAGCAUCUGAGGGCAGCCGACCAGAUCAUGGUGAUCAAGGAGGGUCACAUAAUGGCCCAGGGUACAUACAGCGAGUUGCAGAGCUCCGGCCUGGACGUGGGCUUCCUGCUGAGGAGCCCGGAGGAACAGGAGCAGCAAUGGCGGAACGCAAGCUGCGAUGCCGUGUCGCUCGCCAGCCGCAGGACCAUUCACUCCAACGCGUCGCACGGCUCCCUCCUGACACCAGAGGGCGCCAGCCAUGAACACCUCCCUGCUGACGGCGCGCACGCGUGCGUGGCGGAAGAGGCUCGUGCAGAUGGAGACGUGAGCGCUGACAUCUAUGUCAGGUAUUUCACGGCCCAUUGCCCCCCCGUGGCCUUGGCAGCUAUAGUGCUGCUCAGCGUUGUGGCGGAGGUUGCUUAUAUUCUGCAGGACUGGUGGUUGGUGUUGUGGGCUAGCAAGGAGGCGGCCUCAAACAGCACGGCUGCGAGUGACGAGCGAGGCAUCAACGGCACCGCAUCCCACGGCGACGCCCGCCUCGGCUUUUACCUGGGCGUCUAUUCAGGUUUGACCGCCGCCGCCGUGCUCCUGGGCUACACCAGGAGCUUGGUGAUCUUUCACGGGCUGGUGAGAUCCACUCAGACGCUGCACAAUCGCAUGUUCAACGCCGUCCUCCGCACGCCCGUCUCCUUCUUUGACCUCAACCCCAUAGGAAGGAUCCUCAACCGCUUCUCCAAGGACAUCGGCCAGAUGGACUCCAUGCUACCCCUCACCUUUGUGGAUUUCUACCAGCUCUUUUGGCAGAAUGUGGGCGUGCUAGCGGUGGCGGCUUCCAUCAUCCCUCACCUCCUCAUGUGCAUGGCUCCCCUGCUCUUCAUCUUCCUCUACCUGCGGCGGUUCUACCUGUCCACAUCCCGAGAUAUCAAGCGUCUGGAGUCCACAGCCAGGAGUCCGGUCUUGUCCCAUCUUUCCUGCUCCCUUCAGGGCCUGUGGAGCAUCCGAGCCUUUAGAGCAGAGGAGAGGUUGACCAAAGCCUUUGACUCCCACCAGGACUGUCACUCAGAGGCGUGGUUCCUCUUCCUGAUGACCUCCCGCUGGUUUGCGCUGCGUCUGGACAGCAUUUGCUCCAUCUUUAUCGCCGUGGCAACGCUGGGCUGCAUCUUGCUGCGAGAUGGCUUGGAGGCGGGCCAGGUGGGCCUGGUGCUGACAUACGCCGUGACGCUCGUGGGAAACUUCCAGUGGACCGUGAGGCAAAGUGCAGAGUUAGAGAACACGAUGACCUCAGUGGAGAGGGUGGUGGAGUACACAGAGUUAAAGAACGAAGCCCCCUGGGAAACCGCCGAGCGUCCUCCUCCGGAUUGGCCUGUACGGGGUCAGGUGACCUUGGAGGGAGUGCAUUUGUCGUACGGCGCUGACGGCCCACUCGUCCUCAAGGACAUCAGCGCCACCUUCUGCCCUGAGGAGAAGGUGGGCAUUGUGGGUCGGACGGGCGCCGGGAAGAGCUCUCUGGUGGCCGCGCUCUUUCGUCUGGCCGAGCCACGAGGGAACAUCUACAUCGAUGGCGUGCUCACCUCCCAGCUGGGCCUGCAUGACCUGCGACAAAAGAUCUCCAUCAUACCUCAGGACCCGGUGCUGUUUAGCGAUUCUGUGAGGAAGAACCUGGACCCGUUCCAGCAGCACAUGGACGCUGAUCUGUGGAAAGCUCUGGAGCUGGUCCAGCUGAAGAGCACGGUGGAGGAUCUUCCUGCAAAGUUAGACACGGUCCUGGCAGAGUGCGGCUCCAACUUCAGCGUGGGCCAGAGGCAGCUGGUGUGUCUGGCCAGGGCCGUUCUCACCAAGAACCGCAUCCUGGUCAUCGACGAGGCCACGGCCAAUGUGGACCCCAGGACGGACCAGCUGAUCCAACAAACCAUCCGGCAGGAGUUCCGACAUUGCACCGUGUUCACCAUCGCUCACCGACUCCACACCAUCAUCGACAGCGACCGCAUCCUGGUGCUGGAUGAAGGUCGGAUCCAAGAGUUGGGUCGUCCAUUGGAGCUCCUCCAGAAGAAAGACGGUGCUCUGCACAGACUGGUUCAGCAGUUGGGUCCCACGGAGGCCGAGGCUUUGUUGGCGUCGGCCAAGCAGGCCGCCGAGGCCACCUGAUGGGCACACCUGGAGGGAACCAUCCUUGGAGUUCCUGCAGGAGCCACGCUAACUUAGUCAGCUUUGAUGACUGCUCAUCCUCAUACUCAGGACUUUUGGAGGUCAGUGUUAUUUCUGACUUUCUUCUAAAUAUACCUUUGUACUCCACAUAGUUGAAAGUAUCGUCAUCACAGCUACCGUACAAACUCUCGUGGUGUACAAGCAGGAGCACAAUUCCUCUGGCGACUAGAUGUCAGUCGUGUUACUGUAAUAUUGGUUAAGACACACCAGCACCAUCGUCUACUCUACUUGCGUGUUGGAGUGUAAAAGUGACUAUGGGGGUGUUAUUUCAUGUCUACAGGGCUCUAAUAAUGUUAAUAAAACAUAUUUACAAGUGGUAAACAGCUUUACUGUGCCUUAUAUGUCUUAUUUUCUUUUAGGAUGUCGACUAUAUUGGGUCAGAGGAGAGUAAAUGUGACUAUAGGGGUGUUAUGUCAUGUUUAGAGGGCUCUAAUGAUGUUUAAACGUUUAUUUAGAAGGUGGUAAACAGGUUUUAGUACGAAAAUAUUGCAUUUGUAAAUGAGUAUGCACGUAUCACGGUCGUGUGUGGAAGCAAUGAAGCGCCAUCAUGGAGGCAUGCUGUCCUGUGAUUGGCUGCUUGUUUGCAUGUGACCCAUCCUCCAACCUAAAACCUGUCAAGGUACUCCAUUUUCAAGAUGAGGUGCACCGAGUCAAAUGUUCUUUUUUUUUUGCACUGUCCAAUCCUAAAAAACAGAUCAAAAGACAAGCAUACAAAGUCUCUUAACAAAACAAAAACUAAAUUGAACCCACUGCAGCAGAAAUUUAACAAAAAUGAUGUCCAGAUAUUUAAAGAGAAAAUGAAGAGCAGCCCUGGGAUAGACUCCAGCCUCGUAUGACCCUGAUGAUUGGCAUCAUGAACAGUGU